UUUCAGAUGUCUUUUGCUCAUCGGCGAUGUCAUUUGGAUUAGAUGUCUCUGUCAGACUGCUACUAUUAUGAACAUGUUUAGCGCUAUCUCUUGUAUUUCAUAACGGGCUUUCUUCUUAAAAGUGCCGAUCCACAUGAUCUCCCACCCCCUACUCGAUGUGGUACGAUCCAGCUGUCAACAUGGCUGUCGCUGUAAACAGACACGGCGGCCCUGGGAGAAUGGAAGGGAGCGGGCGGCAGAGCCGGACAGGUCCGGGAGGAGUAGUCAAGGUUCUGGAGUGUGGUGUUUGUGAAGAUGUCUUUUCACUGCAAGGAGAUAAAGUUCCACGUUUGCUGCUGUGCGGCCAUACUGUGUGUCAUGAUUGCCUCACUCGCCUCCCUCUUCAUGGCAGAGCCAUACGCUGUCCAUUUGAUAGACAAGCUACUGAACUAGGAGACUCUGGUGUUUGGGGCUUAAAGAAAAAUUUUGCUUUGCUGGAACUCCUGGAACGGUUGCAGAAUGGUGCUAGCAGUCAGUGUAGCACUGUAGAGGAGGCAAUGGGAGGAUCCGGAGAGAGCAUUGUGCGCUGUGAUGAAGAUGAAGCUCAUGUGGCAUCUGUGUACUGUACAGUCUGUGCAACUCAUCUCUGUGCAGACUGCUCCUUACAUACACAUUCCACUAAAACACUGGCCAAGCACCGACGUGUACCUUUAGCUGACAAGCCUUAUGAAAAGACUCUGUGCUCCCAGCACCAAGUCCAUGCCAUUGAGUUUGUAUGUUUGGAAGAUGGCUGCCAGACCAGUCCCCUCAUGUGCUGCGUCUGCAAAGAAUAUGGAAAACAUCAAGGACACAAGCAUGCUGUUUUGGAAACGGAAGCCAGCCAGAUCCGUGCUUCUAUUUUGGACAUGGCCCACUGUAUAAGGUCGUUUACAGAGGAGAUCUCCGAGUACUCCAGAAAACUGACUGGCAUCGUUCAGCAAAUUGAAGGAGGGGAGCAGAUUGUAGAAGAUGGAAUCGGAAUGGCUCACACAGAACAUGUUCCAGGAACUGCAGAGAACGCCCGCUCCUGUGUCCGAGCCUAUUUCUCCGACCUACAUGAAACACUUUGCCGUCAGGAAGAAAUGGCCCUCAGUGUCGUCGAUGCACACGUGAGAGAACAGCUGAUGUGGCUGCGGCAACAACAAGAAAACAUGACCAUUCUCUUGUCUGAAGUCUCAACUGCUUGUCUGCACUGUGAGAAGGCUUUGCAGCAGGAUGACUGCAGAGUGGUGUUAGCCAAGCAGGAGAUCACUCGACUUCUAGAGACGCUACAGAAACAGCAACAGCAGUUUACAGAGCUUGCAGAUCACAUUCAGCUGGACUCCAGUAUCCCUGUCACAUUCACAAAGGAUAAUAGAGUCCAUAUCGGCCCAAAAAUGGAAAUCCGGGUUGUGACUUUGGGAUUAGAUGGAGCAGGAAAAACCACCAUUUUGUUUAAGCUAAAACAAGACGAAUUCAUGCAACCCAUCCCAACAAUUGGUUUCAAUGUCGAGACUGUCGAAUACAAAAACCUGAAGUUUACAAUUUGGGAUGUUGGAGGGAAACACAAACUUAGGCCAUUGUGGAAACAUUAUUACCUGAAUACCCAAGCGGUGGUGUUUGUGAUUGACAGCAGUCACCGGGAGAGAGUCACAGAAGCACACAGUGAACUUGCCAAGCUGCUUACUGAGAAGGAACUGAGAGAUGCUCUGCUGCUAAUAUUUGCCAAUAAACAGGAUAUCACAGGUUCCCUCUCAGUGGAAGAAAUGACUGAGCUCCUGAGUCUUCACAAACUGUGCUGUGGCCGCAGCUGGUACAUACAGGGCUGUGAUGCCAGGAGUGGGAUGGGGCUUUACGAUGGUCUCGACUGGCUCUCAAGGCAACUGGUGGCAGCUGGUGUGCUUGAUGUUGCCUAACUGGAGCCAGUGGCAAGUAACAAGUGUGUGUUUGUGUGUGAGUAGCGGUUACUGACUGCUAACAUAAAGGUGGCCUGUUUGAGAAUAGCCUAAAUCAUGUCUAACCAGCCAGUGGCGCUGUGAUUGUUGGCCUUCUGGGAGCACCACAGGUUGGUUACGGCCGGUAUAAAAACAUAACUUAAUUGACAGCUAGAAAUCAUAUCUCUUUACAUCACUUUGCUAGAGCUAGUGCAAAAACUCUCUCCGGACUUAGUAGUUUUUGUGAUGCCUGACUGUGAAGGUUGGAAAUACAACUAAUUCGCUAGGUAAGAAAUUGUUGCUCUUAUUUAAUAUGUAUAACAGUCUAAUGUUUACACUACACUUACAGUAUUAAUUUAAGCGACACAUUAAAGCCUUUCCCAAACUAGCCAUGGAAUCGUAACAUCGUAGGUUAUACGGAACCCACUGCUGCGGCACAGCUUGGCGAUGAAUGGGUUAAAGGCGGACCCAUGACCAGUCCAAAUAAGCUGUGUGUGACAUUUCCAUCCAUGCCUCCAGCUGUAUCAUCAUACAAAGGUCUUGGCUACAGAACUCUAUGUUAAAUGUGUAAUACAAACUACAGCAUGAUAGAGACCUCUAGUGACCAGAAAGAGGUAAAGUUUCUCUAUAUUCAAAUAAUAAUUUAUUAUAUCAUAUUAAAAUGACAAUAACCCCACAUGGAGCCUAACGCGUUUCAUGCUUACCCAGUGGGAUCGCCUAUGACUAAGUGCUGGGUAAGAAUGAUAUGCGUUAGGCUCCAUGUGGGGUUAUUGUCAUUUCACUAUGAUAUAAUAAAUAAUUUUUUAAAACGCAUGAAUAUAGAGAAAUGCUUUUGAGUCCAGCUGUAUCAUGUCUUAAAGACACAGUUUCAGUGUAAGUGGCGUAGCGGUAAUUUAACGUUCGCUUGUGGCUUAAGCAGUGGAGCGUGUCGCUUACAAGGUGCACAAAAGUGGAGUAGUUGAGCGGCUUUAUUUUCUUUUUUCAGCAUUGGCUUCUGUGCUGUGUGUGUUGUAGGCACAAUGUUAAUAGUGAGGCUCCAGCCCAGCAGCUUUGAGGCGUGACUUAGAUUUAAAUAGAUACAACACAGUGGCGUAGCAUGGGGAUCAUCCAGGGUCCCAGUCAUUAAUAUAGAUCUAAAUAUAGAUAUAAAUAAAGCUUCUCUUAAUGUGCUUUUAACUGGAACAUCCAGCAGCGGCGGCACAUGUUCUGAUGACUCCGCAACUACAUGUCUAUAGUGACAGACACUUUAUGAAAUAGAUGAAUAGGCAACAGAGCAGCCCAUGGACGUGUAAUGUGUGGGAACUUGUGCUCUAAGAGCUACAUCCAAUUAUUAAACAUGAUCUAGAGCUUUUAGUGGCAUCAUGAGUCUGGAACCGGAACCCUGGUGAUUGCACCUGCUCUAUGAACAUGAGCUCAAUGUCACAAGAUAAUGGAAAGAGAAGAGCUGUGUGCAUAAAUCAUCAUCAAAUUGUUAGGACACGGGGCUCAUUUAUAAACACCGGGCAAAUUUGCACCUGGGCAGUAACCCAUAGCAACCGGCCAGUUAUUCAGCUGCAGGUUCUGUGCUCAGCCUGCAGCUGGCUGAAAAAAGCUAAUCACUGAUUGGUUGCAAUAGGUUACUGCCAGGGGGCAAAUUUGCCCAGCGUUUAUAAAUGAGCCCCAGAAAGUGUUGGCGUGGCAGAGAAAACGUAACGUGUGACAUUAGGCUCAAUAUCUGGCAGUGCCCUAGGUAAGCUCAUACCCCUAUAUGUAAUAAAAGGCACCAGUAACCCAUAGCUACCAAUAAGAUGGUUGCUUUUAAACAGGUGACCAGUAAACUACCUGCUGAUUGGUUGCUAAGGGUUACUGCUCCUGGGCAAACUUAGUGCCUUUUAUUACAUAACCCCCAUAGCGUUGAAAAGAGAUAAGAAAAGCUCGUCAUACCCGUCCCUAUACCCACAGCCGCCCUGAAUGUCUCCCAGUGUUCCCUGAUACACACAGGCAGUUUUGGGGCAGAGGGAGGGGCACUAAGCUUAAUUACAUUGUGUAUGACAUCAGGCAUGUCCAGUUUGCAGCCCCCCUGCUAUAGUAUAAAUGUUCCAUAUACUCAGCCAUGGAAACCCACUGUAGUCUCCAAGCUGAUCAGAAUGAGGAUGAGAACAUGGUAAGACUUGGUAAUGCGAGUGACAAAGUCCGUCCAUUGUAAUGUAAAGCCAUCGCUCCCAUCUCUUGUUUUUAUCUUGCAAAAAGUGGCAAGAACUGUGAGCUGGAUAUUCCUGAUUGACAUUGUUUUUUAAGCAAAGGCCUCGGCCC